UGUGUUUUCUAUAUCUGCAUCUCAGGGGAGUAUUUAGGCACACAUCAGAAAUGUCAACUCUGUCACGUCACAUGUUACAAGUGCAUAGGACCAGAGAGUGAAGACUGCAUCAGCUGUUCAUCCACCAGGUUUUUCGAUAAGGGCAGCUGUGUGAUCCGAUGUGAUCCUGGGAAGUAUCAGAGGGAUGGACAGUGCCUUCUCUGCCACCACACGUGUCUUGAAUGUAAAGAUGAAGGACCGGAUAGAUGUACCCGCUGUGGCAAAGAUAAGUCUGAAGUGGAGCGGUACCUUUUUAAAGGGGAGUGUCGUGAGAGCUGUCCAGAGGGUUAUUACCAUUCUUCAAAGGGAACGUGUGAUCCCUGCCCUCCAAACUGCACAGUGUGUACUUCCCCAGGCCACUGCCUUUACUGCGCCCCCUCCUACUACCCCACAGACGGGAAAUGUGCCAAACUGGAGUGCGGAGAGGGUGAGGUAGCCGACCUGGAUCAUGAAGACUGUGUUACCUGUGAGGAAGGCUGUGAGAAAUGCCUCAGCGUAAAUCCAGAGCACUGCAUGGCUUGUUUGCCGGACUAUUACCAACUGGGAUCAAGCUGUCGUAAGAUAUGUCCAGCUGGAACAUUUGAGGAGAAGUAUUUGAAGACAUGUGCUCGAUGUGGCGAUAACUGUGUGACCUGUGAUGACACUGACUGUUAUCUGUGUGAGGACGGCUUCUUGCUGUCAGAUGGCACCUGUGUAAACACGUGUAAGGAGGGUUUCUAUAGCGACAUGAAGCAGGAGUGUGAGCCGUGUCAUCACGCGUGUCGUUCAUGUGGCGGUCCGAAUCAUGACGACUGUGAUACAUGUGAAGAUGACAUGAGUCCGAUGGAUGGUCAGUGUGUCAGCAAGAGCAAGAUCAAGUGUCCUGAUGGAACAUUUCUUAGCGGUCAGGGUGUGUGUGAGCAGUGUCGUUCCACCUGUAAGUCCUGCUCAGGGCCGGAGAAAGAUCAGUGCGAGUCCUGUCCAAAAGGAAUAUUUCUUACCAAUGGCCAGACGUGCGUGUCCGAUUGUCAGGCUGAGACGUAUGGGAACCGGACGAGUGGACGCUGUGAAGAUUGUUCAGCAGGCUGUUCGAAGUGUCAGGACGCUCAUCACUGUGUGAAAUGCAAAGCGGGUCAACUCUAUCUGCAGGAUGACAAAUGUGUCGCAGAGUGUAAAAGGGGUUACCCAGAUGAUGGUGUGUGUCGCAGCUGUGCGGCGGGUUGUGCUUCCUGUGAUGGGGAAACCAAGAACUGUCUGAGCUGUGAAGAAGACUACCUGCGUAUCAAACACACCUGUGUGCAAGACUGUCCGCCCAAACACUUUGUUAAAGAUGGAGCGUGUGAGCGCUGUCCAGGCGGCUGUGCCGAAUGUGAUCAUACUCGCACAUGCGGUGAGUGUUUGGAGUAUUACUUCCUGCAUGAGGGCGGGUGUCACGAUGACUGCCCUGAAGGCUUCUUCACAAACGUCCAGCAGAAACGCUGUGAGCCCUGUCACACUGACUGCGCAGCAUGUGAUGGACCAGACCCGGAUGACUGCAUCUCCUGCAAGGGUUCGAGGGCUUUACGCUAUAACGGAAAGUGUCUGAACAACUGUCCGUCAGACACUUACCUGGACGAAACGGAGUGUCGAGACUGUGACAGGUCCUGCCUGAUGUGUUCAGGGCCCGGCCCGUCCUCGUGCCUGACCUGCGGCACCAACAUGAGGAAAGAUGUGAACGGUCACUGCGAGUUCUUCAGCGACUGCUCUCCGCACAUGUUCGUGGGUAGUAACGGGCAGUGCCGGCGGUGCCACCCCAGCUGCCUCCGCUGUUCCGGCUCAGGCAAAGAUCACUGCCUCGCCUGCAACGCCAAACACUUCCUGCUUAAUCAGACAUGUGUGUCCACGUGUCCGAGUGGUUACUAUGGUGAUGAGGAGAGGCAGGAAUGUGUUCAUUGUCACAUGAACUGUGCGUCCUGCAGUGGCCAUCACAGUAAUGACUGUCUAACAUGUAAAGCAAGCCUGUUUCUGCUCGGACACAGCUGCUUUUCCACCUGUCCACCGAGUUUCUUUGUAAACAGCAGCAGUGGAGUGUGUCAAGCUUGUGAUCGUACGUGUGAGGAAUGUUCAGGAAGCGGUGGUUUCUGUCUCAGCUGUAGAGAUGGAUAUCUUCUUUUCAGAAAGUCCGGCCUCUGUCUGCAUGCAUGCCCAUCACAUUACUUUCCUGAUGAUGACAGAGAGUGCAAGCGAUGCCACCCUACCUGUAAAACAUGUGAAGGAUCUGGGGCUAUCUACUGUACAUCGUGUUACGAAGGUUUUGGGAUGUUAGCAGGAAUCUGCUCGUCUGACUGUCUAAGUGGACAAUAUAAAACGAAUGACACUUGUGCAUAUUGUGAUCAAUCGUGUAAUGAAUGUAAGGGUCCUGGGCCCUACAACUGCACCGGAUGCCCUGCUCUGCAGCGCCUCUCAGAGGACGGCAGGUGUCUUUCUUGCUGUGGAGAAGACACACACAGACAUUCCUCAAGAUUUCCCUGGGAAUGCUGCCUGUGCAAUGAACUGGACGAUGAAUGCGAUGUCAGACUGAACUACAACUUUUUCCGCAAAGGGCCACUGCCUUCAGUUCGUCCUGGCGUUGUUGUUUUCACAGUCAUAUUUGUGCUGGUGAGCUUGUGGUUUGCCAUUUUUUCCUUCCUGCAUUUUCGACGGAGGACCCCCUCAAAGCCCAUUGUCAAAUCAAACGGCUACGCCAAAAUCCCAGACGACCCCUUUACUUCCGCCACCCUUAAAGACAGCGUACAGCCGGAAUACUGCGACAAAGAUGAAGACCAAGAGGAUGAGGAUGAGGACGACGAUAUCGUUUACAUGGGAAGGGACGGGAUAGUGUAUCGGAAGUUUAAAUACAGCAUGUUAGAGGGGGAGGAGCCGGAAGAGGAGGCGGAGUUAGAGUAUGAUGAUGGUAUACAUUCUUACAUAAAACAUCAUUUUUAAAUUGUUAAUAUUCUUUUGUUUAUUUGUCUUUGUGCAUAUCAAUAUUUUAUUUAUUACAGAUGAUUUUAGUCAAUUGUGACAUAGUGAGGAAAGUUUACGUUAAUAUCGCCUUAUCACCAAUUUUAUGUUAAUAUGAAAUGUAGUUUGCAUCCCAUUUUAAAUGUGGGACUUGAUGUGUUGGGAUUGUGAAAAGGGGGCUUUAUUUUGACAAAAGUGCAUGAAGAACAAACUUUUUUAUAAUAUUGUGUGCUAUGCAUUAUGAGCAAAUAUGCACGAAACGAUUUUAGUCAACUUUGUUUUAUGUUGACUAGUGCAAAAGCACAAACAAUGUUGGCAAGUUUGUAUUAACAAAUGUUUGCAAAUACUGCAGUAAUUUUAGUAGAUUUGUUUUUAAUGUCAACAGCAUGUCUUGUUGAUUGAUGCUGUGAAUGAUUUACAUUGUACAGAUGACAAUAUGCACUUUGUCAAAUAAAUGAAACUAUGUUUAGAUGGAUACAGAUAGGUAUCUGUAUAAAGAAUUUGGUGUCAUGGCUAUUUGCAGUGGGUUUAUGCAGCUCUUGAAAAAGUAAGAAACCACUUUACUAAGUAUGUGUUUAAGUAAAAUGAUCAUUUUUGGCACUCCUAAUGUUUGUUUUCAUUGAAAUUUAACAUACACUGGACUGGAAUAAGUGCAAUACCUGCAAAAAUGUUGAUUAAAGCAAAUUUGAAGUGG